UCCAAGUGGGCCUUCAACCGUACCGCGAUCACACUUCAGCGGCAAGAAAUCCUUCAGCACGUCGAUGUAAUCAAAAAUUUUUCUUUGACGAAGAAUAGCGUUAGGAUCGGACAGCUGAUGCAUUAUGAUUAUUCCAGCCAUAAGUAUGUUUUCUCGAUCAGCAAUAACUUCAGAUUGCUGCUUCCAGAUGUAUCGCCCAUCCUCAACAAGCAUUACAACAUUUGCGCCGUGGUGGGAAAUAGUGGGAUCCUGACCGGGAGUCAGUGCGGGCAAGAAAUAGAUAAAUCUGAUUUUGUUUUUCGUUGCAAUUUUGCUCCAACUGAGGCUUUCCAAAAAGAUGUCGGAAGGAAAACCAACCUCACAACCUUCAACCCUAGCAUCCUAGAAAAAUAUUACAACAAUCUUUUGACCAUUCAGGAUCGCAACAACUUCUUUUUAAGUUUGAAAAAGCUUGAUAAGGCCAUACUUUGGAUCCCAGCUUUUUUCUUCCACACAUCAGCAACGGUCACAAGAACACUGGUUGACUUCUUCGUUGAGCAUAAUGGGCAACUAAAGGUCCAGUUGGCUUGGCCGGGAAAUAUAAUGCAGCAUGUUAACAG